GACCCAUUCCUUCGUCUUCCCCACAGGCACAUUCCCCCCCUCCUCCCCAUUUCUUCCAGUCAUUCCAGAGUUAGGUUUCAAAGGGGAGACAAGUAGCAAUUCAACUUCUUCUUCCUCAAGCACAAAUCUUCCCAUUCCACCACCUUCCUACGAAAACGACAACCUUCGAGACGACCCACGAAGCCGAAAUCUGUAACCUCAGUUCCCCUUCGAAACCGAAAUCAUCUCACUCCCUUCGAAGCUGAAAGCUCUGCCUCUCUCUUUGAUCCUCUUCCUCCCCCCAUUUCUUUCAGUCCUUUUUUGGUCGUGGGGUCGAGUUUUCGUGGGAGGAGAAAAAGCAGAGGCUUCGAGUUUUGGUCGUGGGGUUGUCAACAAACACAGAGUAAUAGUUUGUGACUUUUGUAUUUUUGGUUGCAGAGGCUGCUAGUGAGGAGAAAGUUUCAAAUGAGGUAGAUAAAAACGAUGAGGAAAAUAAGUAGUCAGAGAGCAAAACUGACGAGGCAGAGAAUGAAUCUUCAGCGCAUGAGGUGAAUGUUGGGGAGUUUCAUUGCAAAUGGGGAUAUAAUAUUCAGCGCAGCCAAAAUCUUGUCAUACCUGAGUCAAAGAAAGGAUUUAUUGGAGUUUCAUAGAAAAUGGGGAUAUAAUCUAGUUGAGGGGACAUGAUUCUCUUAUGUAGAACAUACCCGAUGAAAAUGAAUAUCAUUUAUUGAAUUAAAAAUGCAAUUGAGUUUAUCUCUCUCUAUCUCGUGGUUGAUUGUUAGUAACUUGUUGCUGCUCUUUUAACUGCAUCUCCUGCACCCAUUAUCGGCAAAACAUCAUUUUGAAAGGAAACGAAUGGGAGAGAUGGGGCAGUUGAGGAAGGAGAGAGAAUGGAAGGAAGAGAGGGAUUUGAGGGCAGUGAAGGAAAGAACGAUGUCGUCUGCAAAGCAGUUGGAGAGGGAGAGGAAAAGGAGGUGGCGGAAGGGCUUGGAGGAGUCACAGAGGAGGGUGGCGUUGUUCUUGCUUUGGCAUGAGUCCUCAAAGGUUGGGGUGUUGAGGGAUUGCUGGGGCCUUGGUUGCUUCGGAUCGCGCGUGCGGCAAGGGUGAAGAAAUGAAGAGGGAGUGGCAUGGGUCCUUUGCCUUUUACGUUUUACUUUUUUUUAAUUCCAAGUAAGGUUUAUCAUUUAUGUAUGGCCGAUUACCUCCCGAUUCCGCAUGGCGGUUGUCCCUAGCAGAUUGAUAUUCUCUCGAAAGAAAUAGCAGCGUGCAAGGGCAAGUGUCCUCUCCAUUUGGCACUAUACUUACCCAGCCUCAGCCACCUCAUUUUGCUUGCAUGGCUACGUGUGAUUCUCAAACCUCACCACGUUCUCCAUGCAUACGUAUCUACAUGAUCUAUAAAACAGUACUGAUCCCUCGCUAGACCUCUUCUCGAUCAGGCAAAAUUAAUUGUGUAAACGGAAUAAAAAGAGAAACAUAGAGGCCGUAGAUAUCAGAAGAGGAGCUGAUCGCCGCCUUCUCAGUAUAUGGCUUCGAGCGACAAGACACCAACUUCUGCUUUGCCAAUGGGGGGCGACCCAAGGCCGCCUGGGCAGCCGAUGACGGUGGAGCAGCACAUGAUAGACAAGGGAGCUCAAAUACUACAGUCACUGAAGCCGGUGAAGCAGAUGAGCCAGCACGCCUGCACCUUCGCCUUGUAUAGCCACGACAUGACCCGCCAGAUCGAGACCCACCACUACAUCACCCGCCUCAACGAGGACUUCCUCCAGUGUGCCGUUUACGAUACCGAUCACGCCCAUGGUCGUCUCAUAGGUAUUGAAUAUAUGAUAUCGGAGAGGAUAUUUGAAGCUCUGCCUCCUGAUGAGCAAAAGCUGUGGCACUCCCAUGCUUAUGAGAUCAAGUCAGGCCUCUGGGUCAAUCCACGAGUUCCUGGAAUACUUGAAAAGCCAGAACUCGAAAAACUGGUGAAAACAUACGGCAAGUUCUGGUGCACAUGGCAGGUUGAUAGAGGUGACAGGCUCCCACUGGGUGCGCCGGCCUUGAUGAUGUCUCCACAACCGGUGAACCUAGGCCAGGUCUCGCCGGACCUGGUCCGUAUGAGGGAUAAUAAGUACAACAUAUCGACCGAGGCUCUGAGGGAAUCUAGAGUGGAGCUCCUGGAGCCGGAGCCGAUAAAUUCGCAGGCGGACUACUGGAAACAUCAUGGGAAAGGUUUCGCCAUCGGCAUAAAGGUCACUGAUAUCAAAUUAAGAGCACCGUUUCCCUGAACGUACGUCCUACGUUAUGUAUAUGAAGAUAGAUAAUGGAAGAAAUGUAUGUAUUUCUCUUUAGGUGCAUGGAGUAAUUAUAUGGUUGUGUUUAGUAUAUAUAUAUGAGCCAUGAGAACAUGUCUCAGGCGUACUGCAUGGGGUAGAUGGACUACCUAGUAGCAUUUGGAUUGUAAGAGCGUGGCUUCAAAUAUAUAUGCACAGAUGUUAAGUUGAAUAA